UUCCUUCUGUUUAUGUCCUAUCUUCAAGUCCAUACUGCGCUUUAUGCCUCUCAAGAUUUUAGUGGCAAAAGUAUGCAUGGUAUUUAUGGGGAUGCUGUUGAAGAGGUUGACUGGAGCGUAGGCAAGAUUAUUGAAGAACUGAAAAGAAAUCAGCUUGAGAAGAAUACAUUGGUAUAUUUUACGUCUGAUAAUGGAGGACAUGUAGAGGAGAUUUCCUCUACUGGCGAAGUUCAUGGAGGAUGGAAUGGAAUCUACAAAGGAGGAAAAGCUACAUGCUGGGAAGGGGGAAUACGUGUC